AUAAAAUAAAAUAAAAAAAAGAAAUUAAAGAAAAGUGUCCUUCAUCAAAAUGGCUCUUAUUUCACGUAGUUUAUUAUUUCUCUUCUCUCUAAAUAUAAUUUUUACUCAAUCAACUUCAACAAAUGGAGUGUUCUCAAAACAAUCCAACAUAUAUUUACCUUCAGAAAAAUUGACUCAUCUUCACUUCUACUACCAUGACAUUAAAAACAAAAACAACCCAACAAUUGUGCAAAUUGUUAACACACCUGAAAACGUGCCUAAUGGAUUUGGUGCAACUUAUGUAAUGGAUGAUGAAAUCACUGAAGGGCCUGAAAUGAGUUCAAAGCACAUUGGAAGAGCACAAGGGUUGUUUGGUCAAGCUUCUCUGCAUGAUAUUGGAAUGUUUAUGUUGACAAAUUUUAUUUUCACAGAGGGAAACUAUGCAGGGAGCACACUUAGCAUGUUAGGGAGGAAUCCUGUUGCUGAACAAAAUAGAGAAAUGGCAAUAGUUGGUGGGACUGGACUGUUCAGGUUUGCUAGGGGAUAUGUCAUAGCAAACAGUGUUUACUCUAUUUCUUCCCCUGAGAAUUUUGUUAUGGAGUACAAUAUCACAGUGUAUCAUCAUCUUUAAAUUAUGCCCUUUGUUGUGUGAGUUUGAAUAAGUGCUUUAAAAUUUGGACUACUUGUAAUCUUUGGUGUAGUAGUAAAAUAAUUAUGUUUGCUAUUUUUAUGAUGUUUUAA